CUUCCCUCUCUCAGAAGAAAAAGAUCUGUUAAUUCUUCUGCAGCCGGCGGGUUCUUUCGUUUACGAGCCGGUUCUUCUUGAUCAGAUUUGGAAACGUCUUUGUACUAGUAUUCAUCCCCUGACCCUGCACCAUCACUAUUACCGGCAGAAGCAAGUCAGAGCUCAUGAAGUUGUUUGUCCACCCAUUCCUAUUCUAAUUGCUAAACCAGGUCGUUGCUAAUGGACACUGUGAUUGAGAAACAAUUAAGUUUAGACCGUAGUAAUGGUGAUUAAGAGAAUGAGGGAAAUGCAAGGACUUUCUUGGCCAGUGAGAAAGCAAAGGAUGCCAAGAGUCCCUCGACCUGAAAAUAAUGAACAUACAGCAGAAAAGGUGAGAGAUAAACAUAAGGAGUCAUUCCCAGACAGGAAAAUUUCAUCCAAGAGACGGGAGCUAACUGAGACAGCUGAAUUCUUAGAGGAUAAGAGAGUUCCUAAGAAGCAGCGGAGUGCUUUGAAAGUGAGGGAUACUUUUGAAGAUGGGGCCAUAGCAGAUCAAUGGGAAGAAGAAAUGUCUGUUUUUAUGAAGAUGAAAUCACACAGAAGGCGCAGAAAUUCAGACAGCAAGGUGACUGAAAGAAUUUCAGAGCAGGAAACUUGUGAUUCUACAGUUACCUAUUCAUGUUCACCUCCCUCAUCACGAUCUUCUUCCAACUCAUCAGCUUCAACCUUGAAAAGUGAUAGUAGUACUGGCUGUAGAGGCCGAAAAAGAAAUGUAAAGGUUCAAAAUGAAAGUGAAUGCUCUAAGUGCCAUCAAUGUAUGAGAGCUGAAAGAAAAAAUGUUGUUCCUUGUACAAAUUGCAAAGAUAAAGUUUAUUGUCUCCAUUGUAUAAGGCAGUGGUACCCUCAAUUGUCAGAAGAAGUUGUUAGGCGUAAAUGCCCUUUCUGCUGCAGAAAUUGCAACUGCAGUAUAUGCUUACACUUAAGUGGAUUAAUCAAGACAUCAAAGAGAGAGAUAACCCAUCAUGAAAAGGUUCAACAUCUCCAUUACUUGAUUGAGUCACUGCUUCCAUUCCUGAAGCAAAUAUGUGAAGUACAAAGGCAAGAGAUAGAGAUUGAGGCUAAGAUUCAAGGGAUACAUCCUGCUGCAGUUGAAAUUCCUCAGACACUUUGUUUCAGUGAUGAGCGCAUCUAUUGCAACCAUUGUGCAACUUCAAUUGUUGACCUUCACCGGAGCUGCCCAAAAUGUUCUUAUGAACUCUGUCUCAGCUGUUGCCAGGAAAUUCGUCAAAGGUGCCUCUUGGGGCGUGCUGAGAUAAAAUUUCAAUAUGUGAACAGAGGAAGUGACUAUAUGCAUGGAGGAGAUCCUUUAACUGAAUCCUGUCUUCCUGAAACUUAUGAGGAUAAUGUUGAGGCUCUAGUUCAGUGGAAUGACAAUGAAGAUGGUAGCAUUACUUGUGCCCCAACAGAACUAGGAGGAUGCGGUGAUUGUGUAUUGGGGCUCAGGCGCAUUCUUCCAGUGGAUUGGAUUUCAGACUUGGAAGUGAAGGCCAAAAAUUUAUUUGGUGAAUGCAAUACCCAGAUAAGAAGUUUGACGUGCAAGUGUUCUGAAUCAGGCACAAGCAUGUUACGGAGAGCUGCAUCUAGAGAAGGAUCCAAUGACAAUUACCUGUAUUGCCCAGCAUCAAAGGAGAUUCUGCAGGAGGAAGAACUUCUGCACUUUAGAAAGCACUGGCUUAAAGGCGAACCAAUAAUCGUUCGCGAUGUUCUGGAAAAUACUUCUGGUUUAAGCUGGGAACCUUUGGUCAUAUGGCGUGCAUUGUGUGAAAAUGUGGAUUCAUCAACCAGUUCUAGCAUGUCAGAAGUGAAGGCAAUUGAUUGUUUGGCUGGUUGUGAGGUGGAAAUCAAUACUCGCCAAUUUUUUGAGGGGUACAUGGAAGGAAGAAGAUACCAAAAUUUCUGGCCCGAGAUGCUGAAGCUAAAGGACUGGCCUCCAUCGGAUAGGUUUGAAGAUCUUUUGCCACGCCAUUGUGAUGAAUUUAUUUGUGCGUUGCCCUUCCAAGAAUACUGUGAUCCUAGGGCCGGCAUCCUAAAUCUUGCUGUGAAGUUUCCACAAGAUGUCCUAAAGCCAGACAUGGGUCCCAAAACAUAUAUUGCUUAUGGGCUUGCAGAGGAGCUGGGGAGAGGAGACUCUGUGACAAAGCUACACUGUGAUAUGUCAGAUGCAGUCAAUAUUUUGACACAUACUGCAGAAGUAACAUUAACCAAAGAGCAGCAGUCUGCUAUUGAAAUAUUGAAGAGGAAACACAAGGGGCAGGAUGAAAGAGAAUGUUUAGAACGACAGGAAGUACAGAAACAUCCUGCGGAAGUGCUUGGUGCAGGAAGUAUUGACCGGAAAGAAUGGAUGAAUGUCUCUGGAAUAAGCAGUCUACAGGAGCAAGAGGCUUCAGAAAAUACUAGUCACCAGGAACAAGAUGCGUCAGAAAGUACCAGUCAACAGGAACAAUUCUUAGAGGAAACUGGUGAUGCUCUAUGGGAUAUUUUUAGGAGAGAAGAUAUCCCUGAAUUAGAAGAAUAUCUGAAAAAGCACUCCAAAGAAUUCAGGCACACCUAUUGUACUCCAGUGAAACAGGUUAUCCAUCCAAUUCACGACCAAUCUUUUUACUUGACUGUGGAGCACAAAAGGAAGUUGAAGGCAGAAUUUGGAGUUGAGCCAUGGACUUUUACACAGCGACUAGGGGAGGCUGUAUUUAUUCCUGCAGGAUGUCCCCACCAAGUUAGAAAUCUCAAGUCAUGUACAAAAGUAGCUGCAGACUUUGUGUCUCCCGAAAACAUCCACGAGUGCCUCCGCUUGACUGAGGAGUUCCGGAAACUUCCCAAGAAUCAUAGGGCCAGGGAAGACAAACUUGAGGUAAGAAACAUAACUUCUUGUCAACAUUCUUUUUCUAAAUUUCUUCUUCUGUCUGUAUUUUCUCAUACCUUGCAAUACUUUGCUGUCUGCCGCAUGAUCAUGUCUGGAGCAGAUCAAGAAAAUGAUCAUUUAUGCAGUUGAAGAAGCUAUCCGAGAUCUGCAACAUGUUAUGAAUUUCCAGAUUGAUUAGGACAAGCUACUUCGGUGAGUAAACAAUUGGGGCAAUUAAGAGCAUAUUCAUAACAACAGUCAGAUUUGCUCUUUAACUGUUAGCUUCUGUAGAGAAUUAACAUAGGAUUUUUGAGGAAUAACUAUUGAAGGGAAGAAUUUUGAAUUUUUCAUAACAUGAAUAAAGGUUCGCAUUUGUAUUUGCUCCUCUUCCUUGUAAAGUUUUGCGAUGCUCGGAAGUCAAUUUGUAUUCAGUUCGAAUAAAUUACUUUUGUUGAUUCUUUCUGUUAAGAUUGAGAAUAAAAAUCUAUCAUUCUGGAAUAAAAUCUAUCACAGUAAAAUUGAA